GGCGGGGUCCCGUGACGUCAGGGGGUGGAAGAAAACAGCAGAGCAGGAAUCAAAACAAGAGACGGACACGCCUUCGUUCUUAAAGGUUAUAGCAGCUUAUUCUUUUUUAACUGCUUCUGUCAGAGCUGCGCUAAACCCUGCCUGUCUUCCACGAGGACACCAAAAACGGCAACACAAAAAGAAAAAAAACUGCAAAAAAAAAAAGCACCACUGCAGAAAUGGAGUCCACAGAAAUGUCAGACAGUGGUGUUGACAGCAGCCAGCGUUGAUAGAGGUCGAAAAUAACACUGACAUCCGAAUCCUGUACAAUGCCCAACCAGAAGAACAACAAGGGAAAGAAAAGCAAACGCACUAACAGUAGCGGAGAUGAGCAGGAAAAUGGAGCCUGUGCGGCCGCAACAGGAGGCGCGGCCGCUGCCUCGGCGGCUGCUGCACCCAGACACGAGCGCUCAAGUGAGGUCCAGUGUGCGACCCCACUCGGCUGCAGCUUGGUCCGCCCCAUCAACAUGGAGAAGGACGACUACCAGCGGGUGCUCUGCAACAGCGAGCUCUGCCCUUACGGCAACUGGAUGCAUCUGCAGUGUUUCUACGAGUGGGAGAGCUCCAUCCUCGUCCAGUUCAACUGCAUCGGCCGUGCGCGGUCCUGGAACGAGAAGCAGUGCCGGCAGAACAUGUGGACCAAGAAGGGCUACGACCUGGCCUUCAGGUUCUGCUCCUGCCGCUGCGGCCAGGGCCAUCUAAAAAAAGACACCGACUGGUAUCAGGUGAAACGAGCGCAGGAUGACCGCAAGAAGAAGCCAUCUGAGAGGAGCACGGGCAGGAAUGGGUCCAGUGGAGGGGCUGCGGGGCCCGGGGACGGGCUUUUUGAAGAGCCCAAGAGAAGCAAGCCACCAGGAGCAGGAGGAGGAGGAGGAGGAGGAGGUAAACUACCCCACAGAGCCUCUAGUCAGGAGUUACCUCGGAGACAAUCAAUGGACCGUCAGAACUCUACAGAGAGAGGAGCAGCAGCAGGAGGAUUCCCUGCAGGAGGACCCUUUUCUCUGGGGCCUCCUCAGAAGUCUCCAUGUGACUCCCCGGGACAGUCUCCUCCAACUGGCUUCCCUUUCUCCCCCACCGCUGUCCUCGGAGCAGCAGCAGGAGGAGCAGGUUUGCGAGGUUCCCGUCAGCUGGGAGAGUUCCUCAAAUCAGCCGUCCACAUGGACCCGCAGAGGAAACACCUGCUGGUCGGGGGAGCUCUCGGUCGAGGCGGCGGCUGCUCGAUGGGAGCCUCCGGCGGCGGAGCUCACCUCGACCCCGGGUCUGUAAUCCCCCUGCCGCUGUCCUUCGCCCUCCCGCUCCACCACCGGCUCACCUCCGGCAGUGUGGGUGACGGCGCCCACUCUCCCCCAGUGCAGUUCCUGAGGAGGCUGGACCUCUCGGAGCUCCUCACCCACGUCCCUCGACAUAAGCUCAACACCUACCACGUCCGCAUGGAGGACGAUGCCCAGGCAGGCCAGGGAGAAGAGCUGCGCAGGUUUAUCCUGUCAGCCCUCAGUGCGAGCCAGAGAAACGUGGUCAACUGUGCGCUGUGCCACAGAGCGCUGCCUGUGUUUGAACAGUUUCCUUUGGUGGACGGGACCCUGUUUCUCAGCCCUUCACGCCACGACGAGAUUGAGUAUGACGUCCCAUGCCACCUUCAAGGCAGGUUAAUGCACCUCUACGCCAUAUGUGUGGACUGUCUAGAAGGCGUCCACAAGAUUGUCUGCAUCAAGUGCAAGUCACGCUGGGAUGGGAGCUGGCACCAACUGGGCACCAUGUACACCUACGAUAUACUGGCUGCUUCACCGUGCUGCCAGGCUCGUCUCAACUGUAAGCACUGCGGGAAGCCGGUGGUGGACGUCCGAGUCGGGAUGCAGUAUUUCUCUGAGUACAGCAACGUCCAGCAAUGCCCUCACUGCGGCAACCUGGACUAUCACUUUGUUAAACCUUUCUCCUCCUACAAAGUACUCGAAGCUUAUUGACAAAUGCUGUUCAUGCAGGCUAGCUAAGCUGCUAUUGUUCUCAAUUGUUUUCUAACACAAUCUAGGAAAGAUUUUAUUUUUUUGUGCCAUGAGGUAAUUUUGUUUUCUCUCUUUUGGUUUCUUUUGUAAGUAUAGGAAAAAGUAUGAUUCUAGUUAAAAAAAAAAUAAAAAAAAAAUAUAUAAGUUCCAAGACAGUAUAUCUCUGCUGUUAGAGAAAGGUGUAGAUAAAGUGUGGAACUGACACAUCAGUCAAGCAAACACAUUUAUCUGUGACAAGUGAAUGUAUCUGUAUGCCAAAAUUUGCUUUUAUUUUAAUUUUCUACCAAAAACAUAAAGAUGAGUCUUGAAUAAAGCAGAGAAAGAUAUGA